UCUGUGUAGGUGGUUGUACCAUGAAACUGGCAUUUAGGUUGCCGUAGGAGCGGGUAUGGAGUGAUGCAGUGAGCAUCAAUGUCUGGUUGAAUCUAACCGCGAAAUAUGUCCGCUUUUCUAACGAGUGCAUUGCUGAUACACUGCUUUUUUAUCUUAAUGAAGCUCUGUACUUUGCGGGAUUGCUCAGUAAAGGGUGCGCGUAUUGCAAUUUAUUUCCAGAAAAGUGUGAGACACGGCGGUUUCUUCUUACCCCAUUGCCAGUGCUUUAAAGGAGAUGUUUGGAUCAAAUACUGUAUCCUAAGCUGUCUGUGUGAAUGUCUGGGAAACACCGAGGCACCUGAUUUUAAAGAAAUAAACAAACGUCUGAACAAGCAACGAGAUGCGUUUCAAGAGACUAGGAUAUUUGUCCCCAAUGGGAUGUAUUACGCUCCAGACAGUAACUAUAACUGCACCUGGCACGAGAUGCUCUGUUAUGUUCUGGAACUGGAAGUAAUUAUGAACGAGGCCAAUGUUUCGAUAGAUACUUUCUGGGAGGACCUCAAAAACCAUUCAUCCGAGACCUCCAAGUAGCCAAACAUCUGCGCCAGGCGGAGGUCACCACCCUCAAGGCUGUGUGUUUGAAGUGAUGUGGAAACCCAGCCUUUUGCAUUCUUAGGUUCUGUUUUAUGUUCUGCCACAAUGCAGGUUCACCGCAAAAUGUACGGGAAGUCAGAGCCGUGUGAAUUUAGUGUGGAAUGGUGGACAUUCCCAGACAUGACAUACACGCAAGUCUGCGGUUUGCUGCUGAACCUUAUACAGUACAUGAUAAGAGAAUCAGUCAUGUUCAGGAAUAGGUAGCGCUUUUCUUCUCCCUGACUACAUAUGUAUACAAACACUGGUAGGUACCCAAGAUCAACCUCAUUUUAAGUGACUUGGUCCCGAAGAACCGGAGUUGAUAGUCUAAACCAGGGGUGGCCGGUCUUACCCACAAAGGGCCGGUGUGUUUGGAGGUUUUCUGGGCAACCUUUAGGUCAGCUGUUCAAACCCAGGUGUGAGGACUCUUCAGUCAGUCAGUCCUCUGAUUAGUGAUCUACUUAGGGAGUUUCAGCGAAAACCCGCACACACAGCGUCCCCUUCUGUCCACCCCUGGUCUAGAGAGAGAAUCAUGCAAAAACUGACGUACAAGGCAGAAUAAACAGCAUUGCCGAUGUUUACUUCAAGUUUCUCCAAGUAUUAAAUGUACACAAUAAACAGCACAUUAUGUACACAACAGUAUAGUUAUACAGAAGACGUGUAGCAACACCUACAAUACAUAUAAUACUCAGUCUAACAAGUAAUUCAAUACUACAAUAUUAAAAAAGGGCGCUUGUCUUGAUAUAUUUAAUGAAGGGAUGCUUCAGAUUUGGCGUUCAGCAUUUGUCAGAGGAGUGUGAAUAUAUGAAACAUGAAGAUAUGAAAUGAAGAAGAAAAUACGGCCUCUUGUGCAAUUGCAACGGUCCCUUUGUUCUCAGUGGGUGUGUCUGCAUGUCAGGUUUCAGCUUUUCCAUAUGUCCCAUCUGGAGGUCUGUAGCACUUGGGGAAAGCCAUCAGCUGAAGGCCGUUGAACGCAUACUUCCUGCACUUAAUGUUCUUUUGCACGUUCUCAAUUCGACAUCCUUCUCUGGUGGGAAAAACACGACUGCAAUGAAUUCACAAGAGUUCUGGCCGUUUUGGUGAACAUCAUCUAUAUGUAAACAAGUGUGGAAUUUGAAAGUAUAAAUCCAGACCACGAUUUUGUUUCAACCAACCAGCUGAGUUCUCUGUGACUGUGACUCUUUAUACUCAACUGGUUGGUUGAAAGAAAAUCGUGGUCUGGAUUUAUACUUUCUGAACCUGAACUUUCCACCUCUGUAUGUAAAUAAGUUUUAUGCAAAGUUUCGAUCUCUCAUUCCACCAUAAAGCAAUUGACAGCUGAAUAAGCCCAGGAAAAAAAAUGCUUUUGUAUUUCAUGAUAUUGGGAAGUAAACUUUGGAAAGAUGUGCAGGAAAGCAUGCAGUCACUUGUGGCUAUACUGCAGGAUCUCCAUAGAGAAAAGAAGAUGAUAAGCAGGAAAGGGGAUUUGUAUUUCUCUAUAUUAUGCAGAAUUAUGCUUUUGGUUUAGUAACAAAAUGUGAUUAAGUGUUAAGGUUAAGCUAUUACUGGUUAAACAACAUUUACGAAGGCCAAAACCUUAUUGCAAAAGAAGGUGAUUAUGUCUUUUAAAGUGGAUUUUGCAAAGUGCAAGACUUUGGUCAUAGAGGACUUUAAUGGGAAUUUAGUUGUAUACACACACACGCAUACAUACAUAUAUAUAUGUAUAUAUAUGUAUAUGUAUAUGUUUAUGUAUAUAAAGACCAUGGCAUUCAAUAAACCACACGGUAACU